AACCGACUUUUCGCGAUCUAACAAAGCUAGGGCUCUCUCUCUUCUCUCUUCGUUUUAGCUGCAAAUCUCAGCCCCUCAAAAUCAAAAUCAAAAUCAAAGUCAUAAUCUUUGCUUCUGAUUCUCGCGGAGCGAAGGUUCAAUUUGAUUCCUCUGAUAUCUCUUCUCACCGGUUUUUCAUCCUCAAAAAUUAGUCAAACCCUUUGUGGUUAAAAGUGUUGAAUUGACGAGUAUUGGUUGGGAUAAGCAGAUAUGGUAAUGUUGGCUUCAUGAUUGAUGCAUAUGCAGACGUUUGAAAUCUGUUGGCACCAUACAAAGUCCAUAGAGAUUGGAAAGGGGCAAACUAGUGCUUUGCUUUGAGUUCGGAUAUGACUGUAACGAAGGCAAGUAGGUACCCGGGAAGCUAUUACGGUAAUGCCAUUCAAACAGCUGGUGAGUCUGAGGGUUCUGGUAGCUCAGGAAGAAUGGACAUGGAAAUUGCUGCCUCUGAGGCUUCAAGCGCCUUGAAGAGGAAUUGCAUAAGCAUGAAUUCGGACAAGAGUGCUGGUUUCUGUAUUCCCAAGCAAGUUGUGAACUUGUCUACUUUGUCACGAUCUGAGAGAAAGAAUCUGUUGCAUAGAUUGAGAAAGAAUCUUGGACAGACUAGAGUUGUUAUGAAGAAAGCUGAGUUGUUUAAGCCUAAUGGUCUUGCAAGGUCUUCUUCGAGCGGCAUUCUUAGCUGUAGCAGCGGGCAGAAUUUGCCAACCAAUGGUAAAUCCAAGAAACCCUCAAUGCUAACUUCUGGCCAAGUUAAGAACUUGAAUGCUGGAGUUAAGAAAGCUGAAAUGAAUAGGAGUUUUUCUGGGAAGUUUGAAUCAGCUAAUCGGACUUCAACUUCAGCCCCAAGUGCUACAAUUGUGAUGUUGUUGAAACAAUGUGAGGUAUUGUUAAAACGAUUGAUGACUCAUCAGUUUGGAUGGGUAUUUAAUUCCCCUGUUGAUGUAGUGAAGUUGAAUAUUCCGGAUUAUUUUACUGUUAUCAAGCAUCCAAUGGAUUUGGGGACUGUUAAGAGCAAGUUAGCUUCAGGUUCAUACUCAAAUCCCAUGGAGUUUUAUGCUGAUGUGAGACUUACCUUCACAAACGCAAUGACCUACAAUCCUCGUGGAAAUGAUGUCCAUGCCAUGGCCGAUACCCUUAAUAAAUUUUUUGAAGUGAGGUGGAAGGCCAUUGAAAAAAAGCUGCCAAAAGCUCAUCCCAAACCAUUACCGGAAAAAUCAGGUUCUAGGGUGAACUUAGAACUAGCUGAGCCAGCACCUCCUUCAAAAAAGAGGAAAGUUAUUCCUACACAACCUGAGCUAAGGCCAGAGCCAGCAAAAAGAGUAAUGAAUGACGAGGAGAAGCAUAGGCUGGGCAAGCAAUUAGAAUCUUUGCUGGGUGGUGAAAAUGAGAUGCCUGUAAAUAUAAUUAAUUUCUUGAAGGAUAAUAGUUCAGAGAGCAAGGACUCUGGAGAGGAUGAGAUUGAGAUUGAUAUAGAUGAUCUCAGUGAUGAUACAUUGUUCACAUUGCGUAAGCUUGUUGAUGAAUAUUUGGAAGAGAAGCAGAAAGGGCAAUCACAAGCCGAACCUUGUGAAAUAGAGCUUUUGCACGGCUCAGGGUUGAGCAAUUCAUCUAUGCAACCAUGCAAAGAAAAUGACCCAAUUGAUGAGGAUGUGGAUAUUGGUGGAAAUGAGCCUCCUGUCUCGAGUUAUCCUCCCAUGGAGAUCGAAAAGGAUACAGACCAUAUGAUCAGUAAAUCUAUGAGUUCAAACAGCUCUAGUGAUUCAGAGUCCAGCUGUCGUUCUGAGAGUGACUGUGAUGGUACUAAGGCCUCAACUUUAGUUAACGACUCUAAGGUUCCAGAAAUGUUGGACUCUACAACUGAAUUAGACGAAAAGACAACUAUUAGUGAUCAUAAUGAAAGGCAUGAGACUGAUAGUGGCUUGGACCAAGUUGAACAACCUUCUGAGCGAAAACCCGGCUCUGUUGAAUCAGACAGCUGCCAAGAUGUGGAUGGUGUUCCAACUGGGAGACGGGUCUCCCCUGACAAGCAAUACAGAGCAGCUCUACUAAAGAAUCGGUUCGCUGAUACCAUUUUAAGAGCACGAGAGAAAACUCUGAAUGAUGGUGAUAAAGGAGAUCCUGAGAAAUUGCGGCGGGAGAGGGAAGAACUUGAACUGCAGCAGAGAAGAGAAAAAGCAAGGUUACGAGCUGAAGCUCAGGCUGCUGAAGAUGCUCGAAGACGAGCUGAAGUGGAAGCUGCAGCUGAGGCUAAACGAAAGAGAGAACUUGAGAGAGAGGCAGCACGGCAAGCAUUGCUACAGAUCGAAAAAACUGUUGAAAAUGAAAUUAAUGAGAAUUCUCGGUUCCUUCAAGAUUUAGAAAUGCUUAGGACUGCCCCUGUAGAGUUCUUACCUAGCUCAGCAGACGAAACCAGCCCAGAUAAUUCACAGGAUGGCUUAGGUAGCUUCAAGUUCGGGAGCAGUAAUGCAUUGGAACAACUUGGGUUGUUCAUGAAAGUGGAUGACGAGGAAGAAGAAGGCGACCUAGCUUGUGUUCCUAGUACCAUAGACUGUAUGGAAGAGGGAGAAAUUGAUUAGGUAUAUUGACUGAACUGAAACACAAGAACAUAUAUUUGGUACCGAGUCGGUUAAGUUGGUUGAGAUUGUGAGCAUCUUAUGAAGACAUGAGAAGCAAACCUUAUUAGAAGGGAGAGUGUACAUAUAGUACUUGGUUUAUUUAUUGAAUUAUUCUUGUGGAAAGCUUAGAAGUUGGGGAGUACACUAUCUUAGUGUGGAGUCUUUCUUCUGGGCUUAUGUUUUUGACCUUUAUUACCAAUUUUGGAUCUCAGUUUCAGUAGUAGAGGAGGUAAGCAAAGCCAGCAAAUGUGUUAUGGGAACUAAAAAAAAAGUACUAGAAAAAAAAAAGAGAAAGUGUUUAUAUUUUCCUUCUCUCUUUACAUUUUGUUCUUGUCUUAAUUAGUCCUUAUUAUGCAAAAGUACUAGGUAUGGUGAAAGUGAAGAAGACAAUUUUUAUCAAAUAGAAAAGAAAAAAAGAAAAGAAUUUAGAUGUGAAAGGACAGGUGUUCUUUGAUUCUCUUCAUUGGGUCAAUUUUUUGCUUGCACAUUUUUUUUAAUGGAAAAUAUGUUUGCUCUUAUGCUAUUUUGUUUU